UUUCACCUCAGUCUCCCAGAGUGCUAGGAUUACAGGUGUGAGCCACCACACCCAGCCUUACUCUUCAUCUUUACAAUGUAGAUUUGUCUCAGGGAGUCGCUGCUUCCCUCCUGCUCACCCCUUCCUCAGUAAUGGGGAUCCCUGUGCUAUUUUAGGAAUGGCCAAGUCAUAUGGCACUCAUUUCUCAACUCUUCCUCUGGCAUAAAAGCAAGCAAUAUAAUCACUGUCUUUCGGGGAGUAGGGGCUGGCAGAGAACAGAAAUGUUCAGUGGCAAAUACCCUGUCAACCCUGUGACAUGCAGCUAAAGGGUGUUUGGGAGGGAAAAGCCAACAUGGUGCCACAUACUCAGCUGAGCUUUUCAAAUUCUGUCUUUACACAGAUAGUGACAUAUAAAGUACUUCCCUUGCAAAAUGCAGGUGCACAGUUAGCCAGGGCUCUGAGGUCCCAUAAAGGAGGAUGAUUAUAGAUGUCAUUUAUUUAGUGUUUCCCAUGUGCUUGGCAUUCCUGUAAGACCUUCUGUGUUGAAGGUGAUUAUCCUGUUUUAUAGAUAAGGGAACUGAUGCUUAGAGAGGUUGAGUCACUUUCCCCAAAUUGCACAGCAUAGUAAUGAAAGGUCUGGAUGAGGACUGGUAGUUGGCUGCAGGACCUGAGCUCAUUCCUCACCGUGGUGCUGGGGGAUCUGAGCUCUGGCGCCAGCCUGCCCCCAUGACCUUGGGAAGCCCUCAAGCCUUCCUGAACCCCAGUUUCUUGUCCUGUUACAUGAGGAUUUGCAUGAAGACUCAAUGGAAUCUUUCAUGAAAAGGGCUUUGCAUGGUGGAGCUCUUAAACAAAGCAGUGGAACAAAGAAGCCAGUGGGGCACCUAUUGGCCAGGGACCUGUGUGUGGCCUUCUGGAUUUGAGGGCUGUUUGCCCAGAAUCUGUCCCCUUUGGUGGAGACCAUGAACCAGCAGUGAGUGUCCAGGGGAGGGCACUCUUCUUUCACGGCUCAGUGAGUCCUCUGAGGCCUCGUGGUGCAGGGACGAAGGGCUUUGAGAACAGUCAUCCCCUAGGUGUGUUCAGCCUCAGAAAUGCUGAGCCCCAGGCUGACCAUGGCUGUGGCAGAGCCGUGCGGGCAGCAACCCUGGCCCUGGAUCGAUUGGGUGCCUGGUCCCUCAGGCCAUGGCAGCAGACAGCCCAGUCAUGUCCAGGCCAUGUGGACAGCACAUGGGAGUGACUCAAUUUAUCAUGUUUCAGCUGCUUGGGGUUGGGGGUGUUGGAGUGCUCAGUCCACUUCUGGAGUGGAACUUGGAUCCACCCCAUGGCUCUCUUUUAACUCUGGGGGAGCAGGAGGUGGCCCGGGCCAUUUCCAGGAUUGAGAAGGAAGUGGUUUAGGUAACUCUCUCCUCUCCAGCCCCUCAUUCCAGGAAUCCAGAUUGUGUGCCCACCCCCAACCCCCUGCCUCCUACUGUCCACAGUCAUAUCUGAGCCAACAGCCCUCUGUAUGUGCUGCCACCUAAGGCCUUUCCUUCUUUCUUGCUGUCCCUUUGCUUUCUGCCAUUGCCAUUAAUGAGGAUAAUGAUUUGAUAGAUUUCUCUUUUCAGAUAUCAAGCUGGAAAACUGAUUACAUGGAAACUUUUAACACCCUGAUCCCUGAAAGUGAUGACUCAGUGUCAGUUUAGACCCAGUGUCAGCAUAUUUUUUAAUCUAACAUUUAUUGAGAGCUUACUGUGUAUUAGGAAACACUGGGCACUUUCUAACUCUGUCCUCACAAUGAUUCCAUGGGUUCAGUGCCAUUAUGUUCUGUAGAUGACAGAACUAUGAGCCAGAGAGGAUAAAUCAGUUUACUUAAUGCUCAGAGACACUAAGUCUCUGAUCCAGGUUUGUUGUCUUCAAACCCCACGCGCCCUUAGCUGCCAUUCCUGUACUGGCCCCGUUGGUGCCUAUCUUAGCCAGCUCAGGCUGCCAUAACAAAGUACCACAGACUGGGUGCCUUAAACCACAGUCACUUAUUUAGAGGCUGGAAGUCCCAGACCAAGUUGCCUACAGAUUCAGUUUCUGCUGAGGGCUCUCUUCCUGACUUGUAGUGGCCAUGUUGUCUCACAUGGCAAAUAGACAACAAUGUCUCUUGCUUGGUUAGUGCUUCAAAUAAUGAAUUUGGAAGAGGUCCAAUUCAGUCCAUAGCAAUGUGAUGGUGUGGAAAAGGCUCAGCAGGUCUCAGAUCAGGGGCUGGGAGAUGAAGAGGAAAGAUGAGCCCCUCCUUCAGACAGACAUAACCCAGGUCUGAAUCCCAGCUUUACAGUUAGUAACAGGUGACCCUAGCCAAGUCACUUAGCCUCUCUGAUAAUCUAUAUCUUCUACUAGCAAGCAAGUCUGGAGAUGAUGAUGGCACAUACCUCACGUUGUAAGGGGUUCUCAUUGCAUAUAAAUCACUGGCCACUGCCUAGUCUAUGAUGAGGAAUCAAAUGUUAGCUAAUGAGCACCCAAGAUGGGAGGGUCCAGUCUGGUCCUGCUGGUCAAGUGAUAGUAAUAAUUUGUCACUGGUGUGCACUGUGUCCUGUUUGCAAAAAGGUUUCCCACACAGGUGGAGUUGCACUGCUUGCUCUUCUGCUCACUUUAGAACCCAACUCCACAGGCCGAGGGACAUGUGACCAGGGCAUGCACAGCACAGCUAUAUCAUGGGGUCACCAUGGAAAAACCCAGCUUGUGGGGACAGCUGGCAGAUAGCCACAUUCUCCUCUACAGAUUCCCAAGGAAUAGUGAAAAUGCAAGAUUUAGGUCCAAAUCUAACGAGUAUUCCUAACUACAAAGUGCUGGAUUAUUCACUGUGCUAGAUACCUUUUUACACAUAAAAUGUUACUUAAUCCUUACAGCAUGAAACAAAUCUAUCAGCAGGGGCUAAAGUACCAGUGGUUUUUGGAACAAAAUAGAUGAAACUCUACCAUCAAGAGGGAAUAUGUUACUCAUUCUCCCCUGUGCCCGUUUUACCACCAGGGAUUUGAUGGUGACCUUUAGGUAGGACAGUUUAAAGGCCAGCCUGCAGUCUGCAGUCUUCCACUUCACUCUUUUCUUUGUCUUCCUCAGUGAGCGUCCAACUCUGGAGUACAUGAAAUUUGAAGCACAGGCCUAAAGACACAAAACUCCAAGCCAGGGCUCUGUAUGGGCAACAUAAAUAAUUUACCAGGGUAAUUUUGCCUUCCAUGCUGAUGACAGAUGCUGACCCUUUCUUAGAUACAGAACAUCCAUGAGAAUAUUUGGCCGGAAGGACAUCUCAGAAUUCACCUGCUUGAAUUCUCCCAUUUUACAGAUGGGAAGACUGGGUGCCAGAGGGAUUAGAUGGAUCCCAGUGGAUUGCAACAAUAAUUAGGGACUGAGCUGAGAAUGUUUUCAUGGAAUGGGAUUAUUUGUCUGCUAAUCAAACAUCUGACCUGUAAUUUGACUCAAAACUGCCAAGGUUUUUGAAAGAAUGUGACAGAUUGGUUUCCUGGCUCCCUCAGCAAGUUGAUGGGAAAACAGUUGGUUUCAGAUUUGCCCAGAUAACCAGAGAGGUACCCACGGCUGGGUUGUCCUAGCCAGUCUGUCGUUGUCAAAACCUCUUGCUAAAGCCAGGAUUCUUCAUCUUUUCCAGAGAUGAACAUUAGACGAGUUACCAAUGAAAAACAUUCAGCUUUAACUCCCUUUUUAAAAAAAUUUCUUCUUUCCUGCAGGCUAUUUUUGGGUUUUUGUGAUGACAAGGCAGUACAGCCCCAUUUGUCUGUGAGGGAGCAAGCAGAGCCUUCCUCACUGUAUAGGUACAGGGCAUUUCCUCCCUGUCCUCAGCCUUUUAUCAAGAAUCACAAGCUCAGUGCAGAAGCGAUGGGCAGAUAAGAGAUUUAAGUUGAUUCUGUUAAGGGCAAUUAUUUUUCCUGCUUAGACAGUUAAUUGUCGGAUGCCAAAGAGUCAGCAAGGAUUUGCAGCAGCUGCGGUGUGUAUGUGUCAUCACUUUGUCUUUAGGGCUACCGCAGCUGGAACAAAUGUUAGAACUCCUAUUGUGUUUAGAGGCCAUUACCUUCAGGGGUGGGUCUUUUUCCAUCCUUCACUUUGCUCAUCUUAGACCACCAUACACCUAGCCCUCUUUUUAUUAGCCAGCAACAGACAAGGGCCAGAGCGAUUUACUGAUUGGAUAGACUAACUCUUUCCCCAGUGAGAGUCCAGCGCGGUGUGGGACAUGCUGAAAAGUGUGUCUGUAAAUGUCUCAAUUGCUGACACUCAAGGAAAAUAUUCCUCUUGGGAAGAUAUAAGGGACUCUCAGGCCAAAUAACAUUGCAUACAUCUGUCUCAUGUCACAAGGCUUGGCGCUGUACUAAGCUGGUUACUGGUCCCUGGCUAGUAAUAACAAGGACAAUAAUAGUUGUUAACAUUUAGCAAGUCUUUGCCAUGUAACAGGUACCAUUCUAAGGGCUUUAUGAUCCAGUUUAAUCUUCACAGUAGCCCUGUUUAGUGGAAUAAAGCAGGUUGCCCAUUUCAGAGAUGAGGAAACUAAAGCACAGGUGGGGUAGGUAAGAGUCACAAGACUAGGAUCAUAAGGACAGCCUAUUUGUCCUCAUGUGUGUAGUUUCCUCACAAGGGUUUGGGUUUCAACUAACCUCAAGGUUAGGUUUAACAUCAGUAGAUGCUAGAUGCCCACUUUCCUUCACUGAGCCCAGAGGUAACUUGGCUAAAUAUAGCUGACUCUGCAUUCCUAAGGAACAGUGCUUUAGUGGAUCGUGAAAUGUAACAGAGGGAAGACUCUUUGGAGGGGAUUGGCAUUGUUCUCGGAACAGUGGGCAUGUGCUGUUUCUGGCCUCUGGUACCCAUGCUCCUUUCUGCUGCUAACCAUGUCUUGUCUUGCUUUCUUUCACUCUCAGCCUGCGUACUCUGGGAGGUGCUCCAUUCUGACUUAAGGAGCAUUUGACCUAUGUUUUAGCUAAUCAGAGCAUCAUACUUCUGACAAUAAUGAUUGAGUUAGGGUGGGUGUGAGAGCCAAAGAGGACAGAAUAAGACACUCAAAUGAGCAUUCUGGCAAAGGAACUACUGCGCUCUCCUCCCAGGCCACAGUCUGGGAAGAUGUCUGGUCUGGAGCUGUGGUAGCCACCUUGCCACCUUGAGGCAAGAGCUGACUAAGGAUGGGACUCAACCCAGAGAAGGCAGAACCAAGAGAGGGACAGUGAGAAAACCUCAUGUCAAGCUGGGCCCACCAUGGAUUGUGCCUCCCAUUUGAGUUUGCUUAGCCAUGUUUCUUCAUAAAAAAAUCUUAAUUGAUACAGUCUAUCAUACAUGAAUAUAGUUUUAUUAGCAGGUAUUUAGACAAUGAUUAACCAGGGAAAGGUGUGCAAACCACCCCUAAGAAACCUUUUCUGUUGGUCAGCUACAUCAUAACUAUGGUGAAUGAAGCCCCAUGUUCUACUUUAGGCUAUACCAGCCUGGGGUGCAAGGAGCAAUGAUUCCACAGGCAUCACUUCAACAGAAAAGGGGAUUUCAUUUUACAGGUGCAAAAUGAGGCUCAGAGAGAUUAUGUAAAGUAUCUACAACCGUACGGUUAGAAAAUGGGAGAACCAGGACUGAGAGGCAGGCAAUCUGGAUCAAGAAUCCAAGUUUUUAAUCAUUAUGCCUAAUAAACACUUUUUUAAAAAAUUCAAGAAUAUUUAUUGAGGACUUACUAUAGGUCCAUCAUGGAAUACAUCCAUGAACGAGAUGCCCAAAGAUCCCUUCCUCAUGGUAUAAGCACUCACGUGUAUGUGUGUAAAGAGAAAAGAUAGAAAACAAACAGCAAACAUACUAAGUAGUAUUAGAAGGUGAUAAAUUAUCUGAAAAAGAAAAAAUAAACAAGCUAAGGGAGAUCAGGGUAAGAGAUUCCAGUUACCAACAGAGCCAUCAGAAUGAGCCUCUUUGAGAAGAAGACUCGGAAGAGGUCAGGGAGUUCACUACAGGGUUAUCUGAGCCAAGAACAUUCCAGAUGGAGGGAGCAGCCUGUGCAAAGGCCCAGAGGCAGAAGGGUGCCUGGUGUGUUCAAGGAAGAGCAGGGAGGACAGUGAGGUUGGAACCAAGUAUGUAGAACAUAGUAGAAAAUGAGGGUAGAGAAGUAAUUCCAGAUCUCUGAAAAGACUGGUCCUUGUAGGAUUUUGAGCAGACAAGAGACAUGGUGUGGCCAGGGCUGUUGAAGGAAAAACUGUAUAUGGGGAGUGUAGGAGCUUCGAGGUUGAUAAAGUCCUUAGCACUGACCCAGGUGAGAGGGGACGGGGGCCUGGACCAGGGUGCUAGCUGUGGAGGCAGUGAGAGGUGGUUGGACUCCAAAUAUGUUUUGAAGGAAGAAAUAAAAGACUUUUUAAUAAUUUUAGGUGUGGAGCAGGAUAAAGUGAGGCAUCAAAGAUAACUCUAAAACUUUGGAGCAAAACUUGAGUAACUCAGUGGAACCCAAAUUCUUUGACUGUCACUUCUGCAGCCACGGAAUCAAUAACCUCUUCUGCCUGGGGCCACUUUCGGUUCUGUUUUAUCCAGAAAUGCCUCCUUGGUUGAGAGUGUUGCUUUUUGACAGAGAGUUUCUACGUGAAUCAUUCCAUUUUAUUCCUACUGCAAUCUUGAGAGAUUCUACUCCCAUGUGAGGACUAGGGACACAGGCUCAAGGAAAUAGUUGUUUACCUGACCCAGCUUACAUAGGUGAUAAGCUGAUAUGCUCUAUUCUAUCCUGUUACAAUAGAAGAAUAUUCUGCUUUUAUUAAGCCACAGAAGAAGCAAUUGUCUCCUGGUUAUAAAGUACCUAAUUGCAGCCGCAAGAUCAUUUUCAUCAUCCCCCAGGUCUAUAGCUUGUGAGCUGUGAGUGUCUAGACCUAUGAAACAGAUUAUUCUUCUGGAGACUUCUCUGUAAAUACACUCUUUCCAUUUGCUGUAACUUUCUGCAAUAUCAUGCCUGAAGAUCUAAAAUUUUUUGUCUUCACUUCUGCACACAAAAAUGUAUGUGUGUUAUGUUCUACUUGAUUGAAACACCUGCCUUGGUUUUUGCUGUUGGUUGGUUGUGGCUACUGCUGUAUGACAUACUUGUUUCUCCUUCUUUUGAUUCAAAUAACUUGAUUAGCUCUCCUCUGGAAGUUGAACGUCUCCACUUCGAGAGUUUUAUCAGUGAGACUUUAUUUGACUGUGAAGCUGAGGUGUGGGUGGUCAGCAGAGAGAGUUUUAAAAUCCAGAAAAGAUAUAAAAGGUACCUGGGAAUGUAUACCAUAGAUCAACCCAGCUGUUAUUUGACUUCCCAUCAAUGUUAUGAUACCACUUACUUGGGUGACCAGAGUUUCCUCCUGUUAGAACAAUUACACAAUUGUGUUUUCAUUGCCAUUUUCCUGCAGAAGUUGAAGCUCCACUUUUUAUCUGCUCUUUGAAUGUAUAAAGCAAAACACACACACAGAGAGGCAUACUUGUUUUUUUUUUUUUUUUUGUUUUGUUUUUUGAGCUGCAUUCAUGCAGGGUUAAGGUCACAGAUUUUUAACCAAGUCUAGCAAUGUGGGUGCUGAGGCUUUGGAGAGGUGGUUGUCUCCAACAGCUGGCAGCCUUGUUGUCAUGUUGCACCUUCAGCUCCAUCAUUCUCUUCCAGCCCGUCUGCGCCUCCCGUUUCCCUCAGGGAAAUGAAUGCCUCAUCAUAGAGAUGAGAAUCACUCUGAGCGGGUGUAUAUUCUAGUGAACUUUCAAGUGAGAAUCCCAAAUACACAUACGAGAAGAGGAAAUGAGAGAGACAAGGAGGGAAAAGUGAGGGAGGUUUCAGCUUCUCCUUAAGAAAUAAAUAGGCAAUUCCAAUAGAGUAAACCAUUUCAUGCCUGGGUGGUCGUAAUCACCCGAGAGCAGGGCUGCAGCCUCGCUCUGAGUUCUCUCCUUUCUGGCCAAUCUAUUUCUUUCAGAUUAAUCUUCCAAAUCACUUCUGUGCUGCCCUCCUUACUGAAAAGCCUCUAGUGGGCCCAUGUUAUCUAUGGGCCAGACACACACUCCGGAUCCUGGUGGUCAAGGACAGAUGUAAUGGGACUCCGCCCCGAUCAUCCGCACUGCUAUCUCUCCAUGUCACCAGCUCCCAGGUGGCCCAGGCUUCUUCCUCUAUCUCUCAGGGACAAGACGUAUGUGCUGGUCCCUUGGAGGCCCUCCCCACCCAUCGAAUCCAGGCCACGGUUAGGGCCCAUCAUCCUAGGAUGACUCUAUUCCCAUUUCUAAGAUGCACACUAACAUAUUUGCACACAAUAGUCCAAGUAUCACUUUGUUCUCAUUUCAUAAGCUGCCUUAGGCAAAUGUUUUUGUAGUGAAAUAUCCCAAUUUCAAUGGUGGGUGUCAUGCAUUUUGCUUUGACUCACACUGUUUCCUUGGAGCCAGUCAGCUAAUAGGGAAAUGACCUUCUGGGGACUAUGCAAAAUAUGGAAUGCUUCACAAACUUGCGUGUCAUCCUGGUGCUGGCGUCAUGCUAACUUUCUGUGUAUCAUUCCAAUUUUAGUCUGCGUGCUGCCACGGCGAGCACCUGCGAUGACUUCCUCACCACUGCACCUUCUCUGUACACAGCGUGCUCUCUCGAGCUUCACUUGACCUGGCGCCUAAGCAAACAGCGUUUUAUCUGGAUCCAGUCUCAUCUUCUUAGCUGCAGCCAGGGCUUGUUGAAGUCAGGGAUACUGCUUUCAGCUUUAUUUGUAAUAUCACGUCACUUACCACAAUCUCAGGCACAGAAGAGAUACUUGUGAAACCCUUGUAUUGAUUUAAACUUGCCAGAGGAAGAAGGAAAAACCUUUUUUUUAUUGUUUAAGACCUCUGGAAACAGAGACCACAAUAUAUGCACUGGGGUUCCUCUCUGUCCCCAAAGUCCCAUUGGUAACCCCCAAGGGUGCUGCCACAUUGAAACAUUGCAGAUGAUGGUCAGCAUGGACAGGGCCCCUAGGGACCACCCCCUUCUUGGAGAGUCACUCAUUCAUUCACUCUUCCAUUCAACAAAUGCUCACCAAGCACCUACUCGGUUCUCUGCAUGCAGAUAUGGUUUGGAAAGAGACAAAAUCCUGCUCUCAUGGAGCUGGGUGUCAGUAUGGUGUGUGUGUAUGUUGCGGAGGAGAGAGAGGGAGAGAAGGAGACACAGCAAACAAGUAAGUGCCUAGAUGAGGGGCUUCCCAUUAAGACAUGUCCCCAAGGGAAAUUCAAUAGGGAUUGCCGUAACAAGUUGAUGGAGUAAUCGGGACGGUCGUGGUGAGACUUCAAUAAAUAGGAUUGGAUCACCCCUGGCACAAAAGUUGAGAGAGACUCCCAGGAAGAGAGAACAGCAUGUGCCAAAGCUGUAAGGCAAGGUUUCUCAGUCUCAGCAGGUAAGACUAUUGACCUUUGGGGCUGGAUAAGCCUUUCAUGUGGGGGCUGUCCUGUGCACUAUAGGCCAUUUGGCAGCUCCCCUGCUCUCUGCCCACUGGAUGCCGGGGGCACUUCCCUGGCCCCUGCCAUGGUUAUUAGAAAUGUCUUCUGGCAUUGCCAAAACGUCUGACAAUAGGGCAUUUUGUGAGUUCAAAUGGGGGCCCUGGAGAGAUAUGUCUGUGCCCUAACUAAACAUUCACAGUGAACUGUGAAGGUGACCUUGAUUGGAAAAAGUGUCUUUGCAAAUGUAAUUAAGGACCUCACAAUGAAAUCAGCCUGGAUUGUCCAGGUGGGGCUCAAAUCCAAUGACAGUUGAGACAGAAGGGGGAACGCAUAUAUGUAGAGGGAGGCCACAUGAAGACAGACAGCAGGAAUGGAGGGACGCAGCCAUCAGGAGAGUUGGCAGCCACUGGGAGCCGGAAGAGGCAAGGAAUGACUGUCCCCUGGAGCCUUUGGCAGGAGGGAGGCCCUGCUGGCACCUUGAUUUUGGACUUCUGGCCUCCAGAACAGGGAGAGAGUAAAUUUCUGUUAUGCCACCAAGUUCAAGGUGAUUUGUUACAUCAGCCACAGGAAAUGAAUGCAGGGGACAAAAUCACCCCUACUAAAAACCAUUACCCUCACGUGAGAAAGAUCAGGGAAGGUUUGUGGAGCAGCAGGAAGAAGCUAUGGCUUUGGCCUUGGUGAGGCCAGAAGAGCGGGUGGGCCAGGUCCUACCUGGGAAGGAAUUGAGAGUUGGUUGUAGGUGCUAGGGUGACAAGCACUGAAGGUUUCAGACAAGCCUGUGACAUGAUCUGGUUCAUAUAUUUAGUAGAUUUUUCCCACUACUGUGGUGGAGCACAGUGAAGCUGGGAUUCUGUAGGAGGCAGCUGCAGCUGACAUGGGCAAGACUUUCGAACACGUGGGCCAUGAAGACAUCUCUCCCAUUGAAGGGUGUCCCAGGGGAGGCAGCCCAGUGUAGGCAGUUUCCCCCCCAACAGGAAGGACUUGCAUUUGGUAUUUCAUGUAUCAUAAAGGCCGAAGACAUUCCUAAGAUGGUUAAUUCAUUGAUUACAUUUUAAGAUAAAGAAAUUGAGCCCUCAAAGGAAGCAGUGACACCUCAGGUUAGUAGGCACAGAAAUAUUUACCAGCAAAGCUGGAACCCAAACCCAAGCUUCCCAAUGUACUUUCUUCACUUAUAUCUGCAAAGCAGUGCAUUAUACCAAAGCUCUCAUUUGAAUUUUAUAACCAACCUGAAAGAUGCGUAGCAUAUUACUUUUAUUUUACAAAUGCAAAAUUAAAAAUAAAAAUAAAAGUUAAGGAGGAUCAGAGAGGUAAAGUGAUUUCCCCAGGAUCACACAGCUUUCAAGUGGUAGAGCUGUCGAUCAAUCUUGGGUCUUCCUGGUCUAUGUCUCUCCCAGGAACACUGCUCUUGCUGAGUCGUAGAGAGUUAUGACAUAACUAACUAAAUCUGAAAAGUUUCCCCCCAUCUCUUUGCCUCGGGUGACCUCUUUCCAACUGGAAGGUUUUCAAUUUAUGAUUAUAUGUUGUUCUUUGCCCUUUAGGCAAGUUCAAUUUCAUUGUCCAAACGCAAAACUAUUUCAGUGAACGCUGUAAAGAAAAAGAAAAAGAACGAGGAAGGGGGUUAAUAAAGAACAUGCUGGAUCUGAAAACAAUUUUAGAGGUAAUGUGGGGCCCAUGGAGCCUAUAUUCAUUUUCUGAUAGCUGAGAAAAAGCAUUCCCCUUAACUGUUUUUUUGGUCCAGUGUGUCCUGUGCAAGAUAAAAAUAAAGGUUCACGUGACACUGAAGCUGUGAUAAAGCCAGGGUCCGGGAGAUUCGACACUAAUGGCGACAGGGCAUUUCUCACUCAGGGGAAAUUAGCGGUGGCUGCUGGGCUUUCAUCCAUAUCUGUAUUCACUCAGAAAGUGCUCCAGGGUCUUCCAACCUUCCCCCUUCAUCCUAGAUAAGAGAUAACACUCGAAAUAAAUCUGAAAUGCUUUCCCUUGUCUUACAAGUUCUGCUUUAGAAGAAUGCACACUGUUAUUAGAGAAAAGCUGUUCUUUGUCUACUUAUCCAGUCUGUGGAUUUGAUCACUAAACAUAUAUCAAGCCCAUGCCGUGUAUGGGGCUUUGCAUUGGUGUGAGGGACCCACUGGCAGGAAGGAGACUUGGGCUCUCUCAGCUCAUGGAGUGGUUCUGUCUGGAGCAAAGAGAGAUUUGAAGUAUGUGAAUGCUGUGAAUGCAGAUGGAAGCCCCCAAGGCCACUCAUGAUACCGGGAGGAUCAGGUGUUCCCAGCAACACUGAGUAGGGCUUGGGGGCAGGAAGAGAAGAAGCCAGAGUCCAAGCUUGCAAGACAGUGCUAAAUGUCCAAUCUGAAGUUCCCAGGAGGCUGGGCGGGAAUGUGGGAUUGGAGUACAUACAAAUCCAAGGGUAGGUAGAGCUCAGUGAAGGCAGCUGGCGGGACAGGGAACUCAGCGCUCAGCCUGGGGAUAGCAGGUCUGGAGCUUCCCUUUGGGUGCUCUCUGGCAAUGCAACCUCUCAGGGGCUAAGGUGGUGCUACACCCUCAUUCUGCCCUAGCUCCUGAUGGAUCAAGGGAUGUGGGUGCCUGAGGCUGGUUAUAAGUAUCCCUGACAAUCAGCCAAGUGGGGAGAUGUGGUCAAUGAGUUCUUUAGCCUCUUGGCUCCAGGAUGGCAGGCGUGAGAAGCAGAAAUCGCGCUAUAUUAGUUUGCUACGGCUGCCAUCAUGACACUACAGACUGGGCAGCUUCAACCACGAAAAAUUAUUUUCUCACAGUUCUGGAGGGUGGAAGUCCAAGAUCAAGUUGCCUGCAGGGUUGGUUUCUCCUAUGCUUUCUCUCCUCCACGUGCAGACAGACAGCCACUUUCCUGCUGCCUUUUUGCCUGGUGGCUCUGCUGUGUGCUCACCCCUGGGGGGCUCUUUGUGUGCCCAUAUCUCCUCUUCUCUUAGGGACACCAGUCAGAAUGGAUCAGGGCCCAUCCUGAUGGCCUCAUUUUAACUUAAUCUCCUCUCGAAAGGUCCUAUGUCCAAAUGCAGCCAUGUUCUGAGGUCCUGGGGACUAAGUGAGAGUUCAACAUAGGAAUUUGAGAAAGACACAGUCCAGCCCAUAGCAGACGCCCUCUCUUUGUCCUUUUUCUGUUGGAGAGCUGGGAAGGGACGCCAGCCCAGAACAGAUUCAGUGCACUAACCACAGCUCUAGGACAUUAUUUUCUUUUCACUUCUUUAGCCCAUUUGGCCAUUCAUUUAGUUCAUGAAGCCCUCUUGGUGCUAGAAAUACAAUUUUUGAGAGCCUUGAAUUGCCUAAAACAUAGCUAUUAAAUUUCAUCUUUAAAGAGAUUUUAGCAUAAGCCUGAAAGGUAAUAAUACUGAUGCCUUUCCCCCCUAAUUAUUUAUUUGUGUAUCCACUUCCCUUAUUAAACCAAGGGUUCCUAAAAGGCAUGGGCUUUGUUUAUCUUUGUAGCCUACUGCUCAGCACAGAGCUCAGACCAAGGUAGGGGCACUCAUGGUGUAUUUAUAUCUGUGAGGUUGAAUUUGUUGAUGUUGUCUUCAAAGCUGAAUGAGUCUUUGUGCUCAGAGAGGAGGGUGCGAAAGGGAUGUUUAAUUGGAUGCUCUGGACCCCAGUAUUGUGCCCUUUCGUUCCCCUGACACUCUGGUCCCUGGGACCCUCUCUAGUGAACAUACUGCCUAAAAACCCAGCCCAAAUUUUCCAGCCUUUUUCCUUACUCAACAUAUCCAGGGAUAUUCCUUCCAGCAUCAGGCACAGUUACAUGGUACCUGUGAGCCUGAAUUGCCAUGUGCCCCCUACCCGGUUCCUCCAGAAUCCUCCACUGUCUAGUGAGAGAAGUGGUGAGAGGGGACAGGUUGGCUGCCCAAUUGUGGGGCUGGGCUGUGUCUUCACAUAAGCUCAGAUGGGUCUAGGGCUGCCGCCUCAAGAAGGGGGAAGCAUCUUGUUGGAGCUCAUUGAUCAUAUCUUGUCACUCUUCCCAUGUACUUCUUGUGCUAGGUGCUACAAACCUGCCCAUUGUGUAUUUUAUCAGCAGCCCAUGAGGAAAGAGCUAUCACAUGGGAAAACAGGGAGAGACUCCCCCCUACAAAGAGACACAGACAGAGAAACAAAGACAGUUUCCAUGCCUGUUCUUAUCCAUUUGUGGGCUUUCCGAAACACUGGCCUUUGUGUAAAGGAAAACACUUCACGAUACUGCUGCCAGACAGAUGAAACUCAACAGAUGAGAAAAAUAAAUUCAAAGAAAAGCAGCCCUUGUCACAUUUUAUGUAUGCAGAUAAUUGAAAGAAAGUGAAAAAAUAGAGCAAGCAAACUGUAUGUAUAAUAUCUUACAAGAUAGAACACUGUUUUUAAGUGCAUAACAUUCAGAAGCCCUAUCAAUUACAUUUUAUAACAGCCAAUAAGUCUGUCGCUCCUUUUAUUUUCUUUCUGCUGACCACAACUGAAUUAGUAUUUUCUGAUUAAAAGCUUUCUUCCCCAAAGUGCAAAGAGCUAUCACCUACCUACACCUGUUCCACGCCCCCCUAUCUUUCCUUUCUUCCUCAGUGUAGCUCUGAGCCCAGCAUUGUGGUCUUUCCUUCCAAAUAUGGAGGGCAAGUGGCUGGGGGCCCCUCCAUUUAGCCACUGAUGGGGACUUCACUCCCAUCUGUAAUUUGCUCAGGCUUAUUGUGCCAGGCAGCCUUAUCUAUAUGCAAGGUGGAACAUCUCUCAUAAAAACAAGUGCCUCUUGGUAUAUUUUCACCAUUAAUAGGCUGAUCUUUUUUUUUAUCAUUUUAAAAAAAUUCUGAGACCAGUUAUUUCCUGCUGCCUUAUUCAUUUGGUUAAUGCAUGCUGUUUCUGAAAAACUAAAUAUUAAUGUAGCAUGCCUUGCUGGAGCAGGUCUUUACAGGGGGAGAUCUGUGAACCUGUGGAUAACACAUCUGCACUUCCUACCACACAGAUAAUAAUUAGGCUUGCCCUAAGUGAAUGUACAUUUGGAGUUAUUAUUUUAGUAGGCUGAGAAUCCCUCUUCUUGCUGCCUCUGGAGUUGGCUGAUUCCUCUUCAGUGAGAACAUCUUUAUUUGGGUCUCUAUAUUAAGGCUGUGUUUGAUGAUGGUCUUGUCAACCCCAUGAUACAGGUAGAGGAUGAAGCAUUUAUACAAUUCUGAAAAGAAAAGCUUUAAACAAAUAGCAGCAGCCCAAAUUGCCAGAGGGUAGGAAGAUGACUGGGGAGCUGAUGACUAGCCAAUGAAAUGAAAUGUGCUUGGUUAAUAUAAUGCAAGGAUGGCAGUGUGACAAGUAAGGCCAAACCAGGAAACACUGUCACCUGCUCACCUCUUAGCGUGGGAGCUUGUGCACCAAUGCGUUCAUUUUUAUCACUCAAUCGGGUACUUCGGAGUUGAAAUGAAUCUUAGAAUUUGUGUCAUUUUGCCUCCCAAACUCCUCAAAGGAAUUCAGAGUGGAAAGAAAAACUGUCUCCAGCACAUCAGUUACUAUGUUUGAUUGUGUUCUACUUGAAUCUCUCCAUUUAUGGGGAGCUCAAUACUUUUCAAGGCAGCCUUUCUAACUGCUAGGCAGUGCUAAGAGUUGGAAACUUACUUCUUUGUGGUUUUAGUUCAGAAUCUUUUGUUGAAAGUGGUAGGGAAAAUUCCUCUAAUCAGUUCAGCUAAAAGGGGGAAUUAAUUGAGUACAUAACUUUCAAGACUUCAGGUAAGAUGGUGUUUAGGUGAGGCUUGAUUCAGGGGUCAAAGGACAUUGACAGUCUUCAUCUCAGCUCUGUGGCUCCAUUCUCAGGCUCUUAGUGGCCUCUGACAAAGUCAGGCUUAUUUUUCCAUGACACCAGACCAAUGGUUGCCUCUUAAUUUUGGGGAUUUUCAUUGUCUCAUUGGCCCAAACUGGAUAAUAGCUCUAUUCCUGAAUGACUUAGUUUAGGUUCCACCCACCCACUUACCCAUAUAGCCUGAGAAUAGGACUUGUGAGUACAGGUAGUUAAGUUGGGAGGUGAGCCCAGGGAAGAAGCUAAAGUCAAUGAAGGUUAUAUUAUGAAACUGGUUAUUGCUAUGGGCAAAUGAGGCUCAGUCCUACUGGGGACCCUCAUAAAUUGUGCACUCCACUGAUACUCUAUCUUCUGUCUCCAUUGGUUCAGGAUGGUCUUUGGAGGCACUUGCUCUCCUCCACCUCCCAGAUCUGGGCUGCCCUGAAUGGAAUGAGCUGGGCUUAGUGGGGUGGGCCUUAGAUAAUGACCUGAGGCAGAGAACUAGAGAGAUGUGGCAGGCACUUGAGAUGUGAUGCUUCCAGGGUCCUAGGAACUGGGUACCCCAGCCCAGCAGAAAUCUCAGGUGAUUGCCAUCACCAAGCAGGGACUGCGAUCUGAGCAUGGAUUGAGCUCAUUGGCUGAACUUCCACCAUGGGCUACAUCCUCAAAGGCAGGUAUGGAAACUGCUGUAACUACAUGUAAUGAGACUGGAGGAAGACAGCUCCCAAGAAUAAAAUCAGGGUGUUAUUACCAGAAAAAGAAAGAAUGCAUGCUGGAGACUGAUGUCAAGCAUUUGCUAUACCACUGUUGAGCCCCAAAUGUGCUUUCUGAUAACUCCCACCCAUUAUCUGGAAUGUUACCUUGGAACAGAAUAUAGAAUUAACAGUGUGUUUCCACUCUAUUUGACAGCCUUUAAAAUAUCAGGAGAUAAUUAGCUUGUCUACCCUUGGAGUUCUUUUCUUUCAUCUAGUAUGGACAAACUUGGAUUCUUUAAUUGUUUUUUGUAUGACGUGGUUUCUAGGACUUUUUAUGGUGGCCCUCAUCACCGCUUCAUCCAACACCCCCUUCAUUUUGUUUCUUUACCUCCUGUUCCCUCAACAGGAAGGGUGGAGUUGGGUCCAUCAUAGCAAGAAUGGAUGUGUAGAAGGAUGACCCGGGGGUCAAGAAAUUGUGGGUAUCCUGUGACAUGUGACUUGAAGAUGAUGUUACUAUAUUUUGGCUAUUAUUUUCUGAAAAUAGGGGAUCUAUGUGUAACUCUCACUUAUCCAGUAAAUAAUUUUCUCCUAUAUUAUCUAAUAAUGGCUAACUCCUGACUGUUAUCAAGGCUUUGUUGCUAUGUUGACCCAUUUUGUAAAAUAUUCCUCAGUGGACAAAUGUUGGCUUGGCCUGCCUGCUAUCUCUUUCCCUUCUGGUAACAGAAUCCUGAAUGACCUCUGUGGAAUCAGCCCCACUUCCAUGCUGAGUGGGUGAGGUUUGCAUAGACUCGUGGUGAAGUAAGCGACCUGUUCUUGGCCCACUGGAGUCUUCAUGCCCUUCUCCCAGGGGUUUGUGGGAUGUUGAGCUUGUGACUCCGUCUUGGCUAAUUGUCAUCAUCCUACCAAGGGCCACAAUGAUCAGUUUGUGGUGGACACAUGACCCACAGCAGUUUAGUUACAGAAUGCCGGUUGAAAUGUAGGCCUGGGGAUGCUGGAGGCAUUUGCUACGAUGUGGAGCCUGAGGAGGAAGCCACGAGGAGAUGCAUGAGGUGGCCAGAAGCCAGUGGAAUCACAUCCUUUUGGCCUCUGAGUUCUGUGUGACUGAAGAGUCUUGAGUGCACAUUUCAUGGGAGACAAAGGAGCUCUGAUUUCUGCUUCUAUUACAAAAUGAAUCCCGGCUAACACAUUCACUACAUUAAGUCAUUUAAUAGAUUGUAUCAAAUAGUGGGGAAAUAAGUAGAUUCAAGCCAGAAGCUCUAGGAUAUAGCCUGAUGCCACCACCGAAGGACAUGGUCUGAGCCAAUCUCCUCAUCUGUGUGCCUGGGGCUCUGCUUUCAAGAUCAAGCCUGCGUAAUAGAAAAUAGUAAAAUGAUGGACAUCGGUGCAAUCAUUGCACACCCUUAAUGACCAGAUUUCCCAUUUUAUUGUCACCAAGUCGAGGGCCCUGGAGGAGGACAAAGACCCUUUCCUGCCCACUGAGAAGGAGACACUGAAGAGUUCCAUGAUACUGAUGAGACACCUCUUAAUGGAUGCUCAGGCCAAAAUCCUGAGCAUGAUGGAAGACAAUAAGCAGCUCGCGCUCCGCAUCGAUGGGGCGGUCCAGUCGGCCAGCCAGGAGGUGACCAACCUGCGAGCCGAACUCACGGCCACCAACCGGAGGCUGGCGGAACUGAGCGGCGGCAGCCCCGGCCCGGGCCCGGGAGCCGCGGCCAGCGCCUCGGCGGCGGUGGACUCGGCGGCGGCGAACAUGGAGAACCACCAGCUCGGCGCGCAAGUGCUCCUGCGGGAAGAAGUGUCCCGGCUCCAGGAGGAAGUUCACCUUCUCCGGCAGAUGAAGGAGAUGUUGGCGAAGGACCUGGAGGAGUCACAGGGUGGCAAGUCCUCUGAGGUCCUCUCGGCCACCGAGCUCCGGGUCCAGCUGGCCCAGAAGGAACAGGAGCUAGCCAGAGCCAAAGAAGCCUUGCAGGCCAUGAAAGCCGACCGGAAGCGCUUAAAGGGCGAGAAGACGGACCUGGUGAGCCAGAUGCAGCAGCUGUACGCCACGCUGGAGAGCCGCGAGGAGCAGCUCCGCGACUUCAUCCGCAACUACGAGCAGCACCGCAAGGAGAGCGAGGACGCGGUCAAGGCCCUGGCCAAGGAGAAGGACCUGCUGGAGCGCGAGAAGUGGGAGCUUCGGCGCCAGGCCAAGGAGGCCACGGACCACGCCACGGCGCUGCGCUCCCAGCUGGACCUCAAGGACAACCGGAUGAAGGAGCUGGAGGCCGAGCUGGCCAUGGCCAAGCAGUCCUUAGCCACGCUGACCAAGGACGUCCCCAAGCGGCAUUCCCUUGCCAUGCCCGGCGAGACGGUGCUCAACGGCAACCAGGAGUGGGUGGUGCAGGCCGACCUCCCGCUGACCGCAGCCAUCCGGCAGAGCCAGCAGACUCUCUACCACUCACACCCCCCACACCCUGCAGACCGGCAAGCGGUCAGGGUGAGCCCCUGCCACUCCCGGCAGCCCUCUGUCAUCUCCGACGCCUCUGCUGCCGAAGGCGACCGGUCGUCCACGCCGAGCGACAUCAACUCCCCUCGACACCGGACGCACUCCCUCUGCAACGGCGACAGUCCCGGCCCGGUUCAGAAGAACCUGCACAACCCUAUUGUACAGUCACUAGAGGAUCUUGAAGACCAAAAACGGAAAAAGAAGAAAGAGAAGAUGGGAUUCGGCUCCAUCUCCCGUGUCUUCGCCAGAGGGAAGCAGCGGAAGUCCCUCGACCCCGGCCUCUUUGAUGACUCGGACAGCCAGUGCAGCCCCACGCGCCAGAGCCUCAGCCUGUCGGAGGGCGAGGAGCAGACGGACCGGCUGCAGCAGGUGGAGCUGGUCAGGACCACGCCCAUGUCCCACUGGAAGGCGGGCACCGUGCAGGCCUGGCUGGAGGUGGUCAUGGCCAUGCCCAUGUACGUCAAGGCCUGCGCCGAGAACGUGAAGAGCGGGAAGGUGCUGCUGAGCCUGAGCGACGAGGACCUGCAGCUGGGCCUGGGCGUGUGCAGCUCCCUGCACCGGCGCAAGCUGCGCCUGGCCAUCGAGGACUACCGCGACGCCGAGGCCGGCCGGAGCCUGUCCAAAGCUGCUGACCUGGACCAUCACUGGGUGGCCAAGGCCUGGCUGAACGACAUCGGCCUGUCCCAGUACUCCCAGGCCUUCCAAAACCACCUGGUUGACGGGCGGAUGCUGAACUCCCUGAUGAAGCGGGACCUGGAGAAGCACCUGAAUGUGUCCAAGAAGUUCCACCAGGUCAGCAUCCUCCUGGGGAUCGAGCUGCUGCACCAAGUGAACUUCAGCAGGGAGGCGCUGCAGGAGCGCCGGGCCCGCUGCGAGACCCAGGACGUCGACCCCGUGGUCUGGACCAACCGGCGGGUGCUCAAGUGGGUGCGAGACAUCGACCUGAAGGAGUACGCAGACAACCUGACCAACAGCGGCGUCCAUGGCGCCGUGCUGGUGCUGGAGCCCACGUUCAACGCCGAGGCCAUGGCCACCGCCCUGGGCAUCCCCAGCGGGAAGCACAUCCUGCGGAGACACCUGGCGGAGGAGAUGAGCGCCACCUUCCACCCGGCCACCUCCACCGGCAUCCGGGAGGCUGAGCGCUUCGGAACGCCCCCCGGGAGGGCCUCCAGCGUCACCCGGGCGGGGAAGGAGGAGAACAGCAGUGGUCUCAAGUAUAAGGCUGGCCGGCUGCCCCUGGGGAAGAUCGGAAGGGGCUUCAGCAGCAAAGACCCCGAUUUCCACGACGACUACGGCUCUCUGCAAAAUGAGGACUGCGGAGACGACGACCCCCAGGGCGGGUUGGAGCAGUGCCGUCUGGAAGGCUACAACAGCCUGGAGGUCACCAACGUGUGAGGAGCCACGGCUCCACCCGACCCAGGCGGAGAGACCCCGCGGGAGGAGCAGCCAGAUGGCCCGGGUGCCGUCCCCACUGUACAUAGCGACCUCAGGCUGAGGGUGUCCCCUGCUCCUGGGCAGAACCCCAGCAGACUGCUGCAGGGUCACAUGGGGAGUGCCCAGGAAAGAAGACCCAGCCUGCCUGUCUUGGGUGGCCGUGGGCUUUCCCGCUCCAGCCCGGGAGACUGGCCCGGAGGACGUGCCACAGUGCCCCGCCCCUCCGUAAUCUGGAUGCACAGCCCCCCCCAACCAGCAACUGUCAGCUGCCGAGCAGUCCACGCAGUGCCUGCAGCCUUGAGCUGAGCUGCAAGGUGGAAAGAGGCCCACGGUUUCCCCAAACACCCUCCCAGGGGAGCGGGUGGGACCCCAGCCCGACACCACGCGGCCGGGCGCAUUAGCGGUGCCGGCAGCAGGCGGAGUGGCUGCGGGAAGUGCCGCCGCCACUGAGAUGUCAGACGGAGGGGUCCCAUCUGCGGCCCCCUUGGCCGAGAACUUGGGCCCCUGAAUGUCUCUCGGGAGAAUGCAAAACAGGACUGGUCGUCCCUUCUACCUUACAAGCUCCAUGUCACGUGGGGGUGGGCGCGUUGAAGAGCUGUGUGCCCAUGGGCCCAGGAGUGGCUAUCCUGCGUCGGGGGCUGGUGAAUGAGCCAGCUGGUGAGUGGGGCUCGGUGGCAACACCCCAGGAAAUGCAGACAUCCUAUCACCAGCAUGAAAGAUAUUGUGACAAGAUCCAGGUCGACCGAGUUUGGACAGUGACAACUAUAUGGAGUAUGGCAAUGGAUUUGGGAUCUGGGGCAGGGGAUGCUUGUCAUCAUUAACCCAACACAUCUUUGUGGUGAUGUCCCUGUCACCUGACACAGAUGUGCUGCUCACCGACAUCCUGAGAUGCAAAGUCCACGGUGUU